GCGGGGCGAGGAGGACCAGGAAGCGCGAGCCGAUUCCGAAGAUGAGGAGGUCCUCACGCUGACCUUUGAAGUUCCGCAAAGUUGGAGAGAGGUCGAAGAAGACACUGGGAAGAAGAUCGGUCUACAGCGUUGCAAGGAGUCAAUCAAGACGAAAUGCCCUGCGGGGGAGUGGAAGAUUACUGUGAGACAGUCGCGGCAGGUGGCGGUGGAGUGCCGGAAUUGCAAAACGAGCGACGACGUGGCGAAAGUCUGCAACUUCUCGUGCACGGGCGUGAUGCCACCGAUGGCAGAGCACGAGGAUGGAACGCAGUGCACCCUGACGGCCCGGCCGCGGAAAGCACGGAGCUGAGCCGGACAGCAAAGCGGCCAUGCGAAAUCUGGCGAACAAGCUGGCCAGCACAGUGCCUUUCUAGGAGAUUUUUAAGCUCGUCCUCGUUCAAUGUUCUCGCUCAGCAGGCAGAAGAUGGAAAGAGGGCAGCGCCGUCUCUUUCUUGUCUCUAUCUGGCUGUGUCUUUUCUCUCUCUCUCUUGGUUGUCUCUAUCUGGCUCUCUCAUCUCUUUCUCUCUCUACCCUCUCUUUCACCCUCUCGCACAUCCAGAAACUUGCGACGGGCAGCAAGCAGAACUGGCUCAUGGACUAUCAGCAGGAGUCUAAUUACGUGCAGCGCCCGGCAGGUUCCUCGCGCCUGGACAUGAUCACGGGCGAGCAGGGGUCGGGAAUGUUAGGCUCGGAGAGCCAACAGCUUGGAUUUCAAGCAUAA